AUGAUCAUCAAUGGUGCAUCAGAUACAGUUUUAUGUCGUUAUUUUCUGAAUUAUUUAGACGGUCAUGCACUUGAUUGGUUGUGUGCUUUGCCUGCAGGUUCCAUUUCGCAUUUUCAGCAGUUGGCGAAGUUAUUUGAGGAGCAUUUCGCCGGGUCCGCAAUUUACUUGCACAAUUCUGAUUACUUGAAUACUAUCAAGCAGGGACCAAACGAAAGCUUAAAGGACUACAUGACCCGCUUUACCAAGGUCGCAAUCAGUAUACCAGACCUCCACCCCGAAGUCCAUCUACACGCAAUGAAAAGCGGCCUUCGACCCAGAAAGAUCCAGGAGACAAUCGCAGUAGCCAAGCUAAAGACUCUAGCAGAAUUUCGCGAGAAGACAAAGGGACAAAUUGAUAUCGAGGAGCUCAGACAAGCUCGGAAGUCUGACAAGUCAUAUUUCCGCGAAGGCGAUAAGAGCUCAAGCAUUAAGAAAAGUUUUAAACUAACACCUCGAUUUGAUUCUUAUACGCAGUUUAACACUAAGAGAGAAGACAUAAUCAAAGAGAUCUUGAAUUCAAAACUGAUCAAGCCACCAAAAAAAGUCGGUACCUACCAAGAUGCAAAGAACGUGGACAAGUCAAAGUACUGCGCUUUCCACCAGAAACACGGCCACAAUACCGAUGACUGCGUGGUCGCCAAAGACCUUUUAGAAUGA